AUGGAGGCCUCCCCCCUGCUACACUACUCCAUGCAGCAGUUGUACUCCAGGACUAUGUCACGUGGACAUUCUGCCAGAAACCUCCAGAUGGACAGAAAACGCUUGGCCGAGUUGGAGCAACCAUACUCCUCAACUGUUCUUCCUCCUCUGGUGGGAUUCCCAGAGUCCACAGGUCCUGAUCCAGUCCCAGGCAAAAUUAAUGUCUUCUUUAACAAUGCGAACGGUCAGGACGGCUUGUCCCCAUGUCAUCUGAAGAAGGCCAAAGUCAUGUUCUUCUACACCCACUAUCCCAGCGCCAACACACCCAAGAACAACUUCCCUGAUGUCAAGGGCGGGGGCACCUGCAAGCGGAGACAGACGGCUGCAGGCUUGGUCAGCACAUCAGGAGAUGGCAGGCAGCGGGGACAUUGGCACACCGCUGGGACCGCCACACAAAACAAAUCUCAUACUUUGAAAUUGGGAAUUUGGUUGAACCAUGGCAGGAACCGCAGUGCUGAUCCUGGAGCUGGUGCUGGUCGCUUUGCAGGUCUGUGUGUGCUCUAUGGGCUUGUUUCUUACAACAAAACUUCUGAAUCUAUCGACGUGGUGUCCUCCAGCUCUCCGUCUGUGUGUCACUUUGUCUCCACCAUUGCAGUUCUCAUGUCUGUGGUGGGCUUCUCCCUCUCCCUGCACUGCCUCUACUCUUUCUGCAUCGACGGAAACAUGAAAAGGGAGCGGUUGUGGACGACCUUCACGGCCUGUGUCUGCGCAGGAUUCCUCUUCUUCCUCCUCGUCACAGGCUGCAUUCUGAGGAACGGCAGCAGUACACUCUGUAACUCCAUCACACAAGCAGUGCCUAAUAUAACCAGUUGUGAUGAAGCUCAAUGGAAAGCUUGGACAAGUCCGCUCAAAGGAGACCGCUUCUACAGCAACCUGCACAAAUCUGAGACGACCGUGUGGGUGAGCCUCAUCUUGUGGCUGCUGAUCGGAGCUUUGGGAUUCGCACAGAGACGGUUCACUUUGACGUUUCCUGGAGGCUUUGAGUUGUCUGCAGGAAGAGUUUUAGCAGAUCCAGGAGUGACUGCAGCAGAGACGGAGCCUUUUUUCAACUGCCCAGCGCGACGACAAUAA